AUGCAUCCUUGGGUAGCCAUUCCAGGCCUCAUCCUACUUCUGACAAAUGGUGUCAUGUCUUACGUAAAAGUGGUUGGGAUGGUGGGUCAGCCUGUUGUACUGCCCUGCACCUAUACUGGCAAAGUCACAACCAUGUGCUGGGGCCAUGGGCCAUGUCCUUGGUCUCGCUGCACAGCUGAAAUGAUCUCGACUGAUGGAUAUGGUGUCACCUAUCAGCAGAGUCCGCGUUAUUCACUAAAGGGAGAUAUUUGGAACGGGGACGUGUCUCUGACCAUAGACAAUCCAACCGUGCAGGACAGUGGCCUGUAUUGUUGCCGUAUUGAAAGGAAGGGCUGGUUCAACGAUAGAAAACUCACCAUAUCUUUGGAAAUAAAGCCAGCUCCUCCAAGGACAACUAUCAAAACUAUGACAACUUGGCCAACCACCACGACCAAGAGAACUUGGCCAACUGUCACCACCAAGAGAACCAGGCCAACCAUCACGACCAAGAGAACUAGGCCAACUGUCACCACCAAGAGAACUAGGCCAACUAUCACCACCAAGAGAACUUGGCCAACCACCACGACCAAGAGAACUUGGCCAACUGUCACCACCAAGAGAACCAGGCCAACCACCACGACCAAGAGAACUUGGCCAACUGUCACCACCAAUAGAACCAGGCCAACCACCACGACCAAGAGAAGUAGGCCAACUGUCACCACCAAGAGAACCAGGCCAACCACCACGACCAAGAGAACUUGGCCAACUGUCACCACCAAGAGAACCAGGCCAACCACCACGACCAAGAGAACUUGGCCAACUGUCACCACCAAGAGAACCAGGCCAACUGUCACCACCAAGAGAACUAGGCCAACUAUCACCGCUCAUCCAAAGCCAGGACCCACAAAGAAACCCCAGCCAGGUCCACCUACCAGGCCUCCAAUGACAACUACAACUUGGGCCAACACCACCGCCCGUCCAAAGCCAAGACCCACAAAGAAACCCCAGCCAGAUGGAAAUGACACUGUGACCAAGUCUUCAGGUGCCCUUCAGCCUAACAACCAAAGUCCUGCAGUGACGGUAGAAAGUCCAUGGAGGACCAACAAUAAGGGAAUCUACAUUGGACUCUGUAUUGCCGCCAUAGUGUUAUUGGUCACGAUUUUGACUGUCUUGCUUGUCAGAAAAUAUUUGUGCCUGGGAGGCAAGGUGGAGCUUCUACGCGUGAUAUCAUUUAAGGACAGUCACUUUGGAGCUUUGAAAAAUGCAGCUGUAAAGCAUGUCCGAGCAGAAGACAAUGUCUACAUUAUUGAGGACAGUCAGUAAGUCGUGGAUUAAGAUUCGGUGGCCUUCUAAGGCGUUAUGACCUUGACUGCAGAAGAUAGUAACCAGACAUCACCAUUGACGUCUGGAGCAGGACAAUUUUUCGGUCAGUUUCACCUGGCAUUCCAACAAGUCAGUAACAUUACGUAGAGUGUCGCUAGCUCAAUCUUUGUAGUCCUAAUGUUUUGUUAACUAGCUCAGUCUUUCUAGUCUUUGCAGAGCCCUUGCCAAAACAUGGAAUGUACCCCUUAGAAUUGUGUAUCCUCUUUAGACCUAUAAAUCCUGUAUCCAUCAAGAAUUCUUACUGGGGAGACAGAAAAAGCAUUGCUACCUUGGUCACUCAAGCUGUCAAGAAGAGUUGGAUGUGACUUGAAAUCAGUAAAUAUGAUUUGGGACUUUAAGAGCUUCACUUGAAAGCAUUUUAUGGUUCUCUUUUAUUUUUUAUCUAGUAACUCCAAAUGUUCUAUUCCUUAAGGCCCCCAAUGGUUUCAAAUCAUGGGUUGCAUAGGUUUUCAUUUACCCAAUGGGGAAAUAGAAGUGAGUGUGAUUUUACCAUUAGAGGCAGAUCUGGUUUCUCAUGGCUCUGGAAAUAUAAGGUAUUAAGUGCUUUCCCUGGGACCAGGAUGGGUAUUUUAGCAGUUCGGAGAAGCUAGGGUAGUGAGCGGACCAUGUAGACACCAGGGGAAGAAAAUCAAUGGCCAUGUGACUUGUGCUGUGUCUGUUACAUUGUUCCAUCUGUGCUGAAGUUCUAGGCACUUCCAUAGACAACUAUCAGGCUCUCUGGAGUAAUUUUUAGAAUGAAGCAGGGCAGAAAUAAAUAAAUGGAAAAAAAGAGAGGGACGGAGCA